AUGGCAACGGAGCGCUCACUGGGCGCUUUACUGCGUUCCCUUCAAUCUCCCUCCGACACUCACGAUGGCCUAAGCUUGCUCCCGACCGCAACAAGCCUCCUUGCAGUUCUCAAGAAUCCUCUGAAUAUAACUCUACUCGCCUCGCAACUGCUAACUUCUCCGGCAAUAUGGAACCAAGCCGUCGAUCUCCACACCUGCCGGCGGAUUAUCAGCGUCUUCAACACGGCUGCCAUGGCAAUUCUCCAGAGCGAGGAAUCGGAAGACCCGCGAAUACCCUGGGGCGGACCGGGACCUAGAAAGCUGGAUCGUGAGGAAUGGGUCAAGGCGGUUGUCAGUGGUGCUGAUGAGAAGUCGCCGAGAUGGAGGCAUCUGCUUCUAAUUGGCGGCGUUCUCCUGGGGUUUGAAGGCCAGGAUAGACAGGGCCUACCAUGGAACGUUCGGAAGAAGCUAGAGGCUGCUCUUGUUACGGCAGCGCAGCUCGCUUUGGAGGAGCUGGACCCCCAUGACGGCGUAGAUGGUCGUUGCGUCACCAUGGUUCUGAAUUAUUCGUUUGAACUCCUAUCGGACCUCGAGAGGAGCAGACUCGACUAUGAUCGACUGCUGCCAGUCAUGGUCCAGACGGUAUAUUUCUCGCCGGAAGGAUUUGAAGGAGCAUAUUUUCUCGGCAGUGUCGACCAAGAUAUCGUCCAAAUGCCCUCGAAGCGAUUUGCAUGGCCACCGCAGUCUACUACAGUCCAGCGAGUAAUGGCUAUCUCUUCAAGCCCUCUUAUUUCGGCGUUGGGCCCGCUUUCCAGGCUCAUUGCCCAUGCGGUGGAAAAUGUCCGGGAUCCUAGGUUAGUGGCGCGAUCUGUCGACCAGCUUGAGGACUUUGUUCGGACUUUGGCCGUGCAGUGGCGGCAGAACAAGCUAUCAGAGGUUGAUAAGGCCGAAGAGGUUGAAUUCCUCGAACCAGAUUCCCUCAGGGAAACAAUACCGAGCUUGUGGAAGCUGCUCCGCAACUGUCUGUAUUCCGCGGUCAUUAUUCUUCGUGCUGUCUUUGGGCGGGUAAUUAACGACCGAGGACUAGCAUCGGACAAGAUUGCACCUUUUAUCUCAAUGCAGGCUCUCCACAUUCUCCGCAAUCUAUAUUUCAUCUCCUCUCGAGUUGGCCCGAACUCCUCAUCCCAACAUACAUUCGUGACAUUGGCAGCCGUGGACAUUCUGGCCCAUUAUCCUGCCUUGACCGAGAAUUUCCUCAAGAGCAUCAAACCAACCGGGAUUGGCCACAUUCCCGCUCAUCCCCUUGAUCGAUGCCUUGAUUUAUUCUUCCUGAAUACCUCGGAGCUUUUCACAACAGUCGUGUCGCCCACUUUCAGUGAAGACUUACUUAUACAAGCGGCGAUGCCCUACCUCGCAGCAGGCGGGAAUAACCACCUUCUCGAAAUAUUCGAGGCUGCACACAGUUUAGCCCUUGCUGUAUUCGCGAUCCCCAAUAACGCGGCCGUGGCCGCCAAACAUCUUCCGUUUUACAUAGAUAACCUCUUCUCUGUAAGUCAUUUAUCGUCAUCCCACGUUGACGCUUAUCGAAACUCUUCACAGGUUUUCCCUAACAACCUUUCCGGCCGCCAAUUCCGCCUCGCCUUCAAGACCGUCCUCCAAGUCACUGCACCUCCAUCUCCCAUCGCAAACCGCCAACCUCUCCUUCCCUCAAUCCUCCUCGAAGUCCUCUACGACAGAGCACUUAACAACGCCUCCACUGACGCACUCCCACCUUCCUCUCAGCCAUCGAACUCGCCCGACCCCGACAUGGCCAAGGAAGUCCCAGUCCUACUCUCCGAACAAGCAACCCUAACUCUGGCGCUCAUCGACAGUCUAUGCUUCCUCCGCGUCGAAGACCUAGAAGAGUGGCUACCGCUAACCGCAAAUUUAAUAAAUGCUAUCUCUGCGCCAGGGAUGCGGAUGACCUGUGUGGAGCGAUUCUGGGAUACCUUGAGUAACGGGGAAAUGGAUGUCGACAGGGCGCAUUACUGUGUUACAUGGUGGAGUACAAAGGGUGGAAGGGAGAUGAUUUUGUUGGGGCUUGAGAAUAAUGCAGUUGCGCAGGCCGAUGAACAGGCCGGGGGUCAGGGAGCUUAUAUGAGUGGGGCAGUUGGAGGAGUCGCUCCUGAGAGUAAACUCUAG